CCCCAGCUGAAAUGCAAGUUUGAAACUUACAAAUACGUAUUCGAAGCUCACAACAUUUCUACGCUACAUUUCGUAUUGCCUUCCUGAUUCUUCAAAGCAUUCGCGAUGACAGUUUCGACUGCAAUGCAAUCCAUCUUGGCCAGCCCUGUGACCCGCGUAGCCAAUGGGUCUAGGGUGAGCAAGUUUCUUCCCAGUACUUAUGUGCCUCGUUUGCCAAGGAAUGCUAGCGUGCGAGUGCGGUCCAUGGCAGAGGAAGGCCAGCAAGAGCAGCCAACACCUGUGACUACUCCAACACCUGUGGCUACUCCAACACCGAUACCACCGCCACGUAAACCUAAGGUGAGCACGAAAUUCUCUGACGUGUUGGCAUUUAGUGGGCCCGCACCGGAGAGGAUCAACGGAAGGUUAGCCAUGGUCGGCUUCGUUGCCGCGAUGGCAGUAGAGCUAUCCAGGGGACAGGAUGUGUUUGCCCAGAUAUCCAACGGUGGGAUCCCAUGGUUCCUAGGAACUACCGUCGUGCUAUCACUUGCAUCUCUGAUUCCUUUAUUCAAAGGGGUCAGCGUGGAGUCCAAGUCAGAAGGGUUUAUGACUUCAGAUGCUGAGUUGUGGAAUGGGAGGAUUGCCAUGUUGGGUUUGGUUGCACUCGCCUUUACUGAGUAUGUGAAGGGUGGAACCCUUGUGUAAACUCAUAUUUUGCUAAUUAGAUCCGACGAAUAAAAAGAUAUAGUUCCAUGUAAUUCGGCAGCAAGUAGUGUAAAACAAUUUCAGUGAUCAAUCAAAACAUACGAUUUCAUCAA